UUUGAUGGAAAGGGUUGCAGGGAGCUUGCCAGUCCUAGUCAACAGCAUACCCAGGGACUGAUAGGUGUGCGAGGUCUCCAGCAAGCCAGAAGAAAAGCAACAAGAAACACACUUAGAACUAAAAGUUGCCCUCUUUUGGUGCUGAAGGAAAUAAAGGAAGAUAUAAACAGCUGACAUGAGGCUGGUCAGUGCUGGGGUUCGAGUCCGGAGGGCCGCUGAGCCGUCUGAACCAGAAUCAGAGGAAACGACGGAGCCUGCUCAUCAUGAGCACUCGCAUUCAGAACACCAUGAACACUCACAUACAGAACAUCACCCUGGGCAUGACUACAACCACAUGAAGGAAAAGUUCAUGAAUGAACUGAGUCAUCUGUCAAUUCCCAUGUGGGCAGUAGGAGCCAUUGUUGUGGUGGUUCUGGUUUUGGUGGCAUGCUUCAUCUUCUGUGUUUUCAAGAAAUGCUUUGGUAAAAAGAAAAAGCCAAAGAAAGUGAGGGAGAGGAAGGCAGGACGCCGCAGAAAGGAAAAGGAAGGCGAAGGAGAGGCUGGAGAGAAGGAGGGGGAGGUGAAGAAGGAAGGGGAAGAAGAGGAAAAAGAACAGGAAAAGUUGGGUAAACUGGAGUUCUCUUUGGACUACAACUUCACAGACGCCCAGCUCAUCGUGGGUAUCCUUCAGGCUCAGGAUCUUGCUGCUAUGGACAUGGGGGGAACUUCAGACCCUUAUGUCAAAGUUUUUCUGUUGCCAGACAAAAAGAAGAAGUAUGAGACCAAGGUUCAGCGCAAAAACCUCUGCCCCGUUUUCAACGAGACUUUCAUCUUCAAGAUUCCAUAUGCAGAGCUGGGCGGAAAGACUUUGGUGCUGCAGGUUUUUGACUUUGAUCGUUUCUCCAAGCAUGACAUGAUUGGUGAAAUAAAGAUUCCCAUGAACAGCGUUGAUUUGGGCCAGCCAAUGCAACAAUGGAGGGACUUAGAGAGCGGUGAGAAGGAGGAGCAGGAAAAACUGGGUGAUAUUUGCAUCUCCUUACGCUAUGUACCCACUGCUGGGAAACUGACAGUGAACAUCAUGGAGGCAAAGAAUCUGAAGAAAAUGGAUGUUGGAGGUUUAUCAGACCCAUAUGUGAAGAUCGUUCUGCAACAAAAUGGGAAACGGAUUAAAAAGAAGAAGACAACAGUGAAGAAAAACACACUCAAUCCUUACUUUAAUGAGAGUUUCAGCUUUGAUGUCCCUUUUGAGCAAAUACAGAAAGUACAGGUUGUCAUCACAGUAUUCGACUAUGAUAAACUUGGGAGCAAUGACCCCAUUGGAAAGACCUUUAUGGGUUAUGGAGCUACAGGAGUCGGCCUGCGCCACUGGUCAGACAUGCUUGCCAAUCCCCGACGUCCUGUAGCUCAGUGGCACACUCUCCUGCCUGAAGAAGAAGUGGAUGCAGCACUCAAAGCAAAACCUCGUUAAGGUUACACAUGAAUGGAGUACUGACUGCUGCCAAUAUGUUACUUGUUGUUAAACCUGACGUUUUCUCAAUUUCCAUGUUCUCUUUUCCAUUUUGUUCCUCUUGAAACACUUUGUGUGUGUGUGUGUGUGUGUGUGUGUGUGUGUGUGUGUGUGUGUGUGUGUGUGUGUGUGUGUGUGUGUGUGUGUACCUGUCAUAUGCAGACAAUUUUUGAUAUCUGACUGUAAUUUAAACUGAACUGUAAUUGGCUCCCCAUAUUUACCACAUACCAUAAACUAAAAUGACUGUCUUUGUAAGCUUGGAAACCACUUAUCUGUAAAUGUGCAUCUUUUGUGCAGGCCCACGGAAGUAUAUGGUUAAAAAAAAAAAUGUCUCUGAAGACAUGUUAGAGUUUCUAGAUCUUAUGUACUUUGGGCCUUUUUGCUCACUUUCUAGUGUUGUGGUGCAAUUGUGGUCCUGGAAAAUACAAAUAAACCUACAAUGAAAAGUU